AUGUCCGUACUGGGUUUCGACGAGUUGAGCCUGAUCCUUCAAAGGGUCCCCGACCCCAACGACCGGAAGGCGUUCUCCGAGGUCUGCAAGCAGUGGCUGCGGGUGGAGGGCCUGAAUCGGUUCGCGAUUAGGGUUCUUGAGCCCGAUCUCCUGCGCCGAUUCCUGCCCAGGUUCCCGAAUUUGGUGCAGUUCGAGUGCUCCAAGCUGCUCACGGACGCCGAUGCCGAUUUCGUCUCGAGGACGUGCCGAAAGAUCGAAUCGUUCAACCUCAGCUACAAGCAGCCGCGCCACGCGUGCUGCGAUUUCGGGGAGGCCUCUUCGGGUGUCGAGGACGUCGGGAGUGAUGGGCUGUGCGCCGUGGCGAGCGGCUGCCCGAGGGUGUCGAAGGUCUUGUUGAGGAGGAGGAAGAAUGUUGAGGACUCGGGGGUUGUAUCGCUGGUCGAGCGUGCGAAGAAUUUGAGGACUUUGGAUUUGGGUUGGUGUAGUUUGAUUACCGAUCAAUCUCUAGAGGCGAUCGGGCGAGCGAAUUGUAUUCGCACCUUGAAUUUGGAACAUUGUUCGAUGAUUUCGGAUUCCGGGUUGGCUUAUUUGGCGAACGGGUCUUUGGCAAGAACUCUGAAGAAGUUGGUUCUUGCCGAAUGUGACCAGAUUACGGACAGUGGGGCUUCGGUGUUGCCGCGGUUCUGCUGUCUGGAGGAGUUGAAUAUCGCAGAAUGCGGGCCGAAGGUCACCGAUGAUGGAGGAAUGGCAAUUGCUGCUAUUAAAUCCUUGAGGACGCUAAAUUUGGCGUGGCUGAUAAAUGUAUCUGACAUCACUCUCUUUGCACUUGCUGAGAACUGUGAAAAUUUGGUGUCGAUUGAUUUAACUGGCUGUGAGCUGAUUAGUGGAGCUGGAAUUCGUGCUUUCGAGAAUCAUUCUUGUUUGGAAUCUCUGGUUUUGGCUAAUUGUUAUGGCGUUAACGUGCAUGACAUAGAGCAGACGGUGCUUGGAUGCCAGUCUCUGCAGCAUAUUGUGCUUCAAAAAGGAUUGGGAAUGUGGAUGCCGGAAGCAAUGCGAGAGAACAUCUGUAGACUAUGCACGGUUGACUGGAAAUGA